AUGAAUCGCGUCGCACGUGACCAAGUCCCGACGGAGGUGGCGACGACGCUGCCCCCCUCAGCUGAGGCAGCUCGUCGCUAUACGAUACAACUGCAGCCGCGGCCGCAUGUGACGUUCGACGAUGGUGUCGUGGACAACGAGCACCUUGGACGCAGACGGUCAAAAAAAUGCUGCGUUUUCCACCGGAAAAAAGACUUUGGCGAGAGCUCGAGCGAGAGUAGCGACGAGGAUUCGGAUGGUGCAGAUGAUCCAGGUCGUGGCACCGAUAGAUGUCGUCGACAACAUGACUGCAAGCGCACGAUUUCGCGUCGCACGAGGCCGAAGAAGCGACUGCCAUCUCCAUCUUCUUCCAACGACGAUGACGAGGAGAAGACACGUGCACCAAUCAAGCAGGAGGAGGAUUAA